GAGACAAAGCUGCUUCUUCAUCCGCAGCGAGUAAAGUAGUGAACUCAGAGGAGUAUCGAUCAUAAACCACUACCAACGUCUGGAUCGAUAUCUGCAUCGAUCUGCCCACCCUUGUCUCCUGGAUCGUAGCUGAGAUCAGCGUGAACCACGUGGGUCUCUGCUCCCUGAUCUGUUUCCUGUGUUUGGAAAGAGUUCCAGCUUCAUCACGGAGUUUCUCUCGGUUUGUGGGCUCAUCUAAAGGACCAACGUGGACCGAGAAGUCAGCGCUCUCAGGAGACCGACAAACCUCACAGAAGAAAGGGAGAGAAAAAAUACACCUGUGACGAGUGUGGGAAAGAUUUUACCCUAAAAAUGCAUCAGGUCAUCCACACUGGAGAGAGACCGUUCAGCUGUGGAGACUGUGGAAAGUCUUUUACCAAGUCUGGAAACUUAAAAACGCACCAACUCAUCCACACUGGAGAGAGACCAUUCAGCUGUGACGAGUGUGGCAAGUCUUUUACCAUGUCUCGAAACUUAAAAAUGCACCAACUCAUCCACACUGGAGAGAAACCGUAUAGCUGUGGAGACUGUGGAAAGUCUUUUACGCAUUCUGCAAGUUUAAAAACACACCAACUCAUCCACACCGGAGAGAGAUCGUUCAGCUGUGGAGACUGUGGAAAGUCUUUUACCAAGUCUGGACACUUAAAAACACACCAACUCAUCCACACUGGAGAGAGACCGUUCAGCUGUGGAGACUGUGGAAAGUCUUUUACGCAGUCUGGAAGCUUAAAAACACACCAACUCAUCCACACUGGAGAGAGACCGUUCAGCUGUGGAGACUGUGGAAAGUCUUUUACCCACUCUGGACACUUAAAAACACACCAACUCAUCCACACUGGAGAGAAACCGUUCAGCUGUGGAGACUGUGGAAAGUCUUUUACGCAGUCUGCAAGUUUAAAAACACACAAACUCAUCCACACUGGAGAGAGACCGUUCAGCUGUGGAGACUGUGGAAAGUCUUUUAUGCAGGCUUCACGGUUAAAAACACACCAACUCAUCCACACUGGAGAGAGACCGUUCAGCUGUGGAGACUGUGGAAAGUCAUUUACAGAGUCUGGAAGCUUAAAAACACACCAACUCAUCCACACUGGAGAGAGACCGUUCAGCUGUGACGAGUGUGGAAAGUCUUUUACCAAGUUUGGAAGCUUAAAAACACACCAACUCAUCCACACUGGAGAGAGACCAUUCAGCUGUGACGAGUGUGGAAGGUCUUUUACCAUGUCUGGAAGCUUAAAAACACACCAACUCAUCCACACUGGAGAGAGACCGUUCAGCUGUGGAGACUGUGGAAAGUCUUUUACCAAGUCUGGACACUUAAAAACACACCAACUCAUCCACACUGGAGAGAAACCAUUCAGCUGUGACGAGUGUGGAAAGUCUUUUACGCACUCUGGAAACUUAAAAACACACCAACUCAUCCACACUGGAGAGAGACCGUUCAGCUGUGGAGACUGUGGAAAGUCUUUUACCAAGUUUGGAAGCUUAAAAACACACCAACUCAUCCACAGUGGAGUUAAAGCGUACAGCUGUGAUCAGUGUGGCAGAGCUUUUACUCACAGUAACGGCUUAAAGAGUCAUCUAGUUACCCACUCUGGAAUUAAGGCAUACAGUUGUGACAUUUGUGGAAAAACUUUCAGCCUGAAACAGAGCCGAAAUACACACCUACGCAUUCACACCGGACAUGAUGUGUACAGCUGUGAUCAGUGUGGCAAACAGUUUGCUAUAAACACACGCUUACAACGUCACAUGUUUACCCACUCUGAGGAACGACCUUAUAAAUGUGACCUGUGUGAGAAGACUUUUAAAUCUCCAUAUUACUUGAAAGCACACCAACAAAUCCACACCAGAAAGACUCUACAAGUGCAUUUACUGUGAGAAGCAGAGCGACACAGAUGGCUCCAGUUCUCAACCCUGUCAUCGCUGUGGGAAAGACUUUUUUUGUGACCUUUGUGGAAAAACCCUUCAGUCAUCGAAGGACUCUGAAAAUACAUCAACGUAAACAAACUGGAGACAAAAUGAACUACUGUAAAGAAUGUGGGAGAGGCUUCACCACUUCAAAGGACUUCAAACAAUAUAAAAGUAUAAGUAUAAAAGAGAAGCUGAGGCAUCCCAAGGUUAAAGCUGGCAUAACUAAACUUUGUUUGAUGUGUGUUUUGGCUCUCCUGCGCAGUCAUUAUUAGCUUGAACACAGCAGAGCUUGAUAUAAAGACCUGGGUGACAACCAACUUUAUGCUGCUGAUUAUACUUGACCCUAAAAUACCUAGAAAUAUGGUAUCUAACCAGAUACUUGCUCUGGAUGGCAUUACCUUGGCCUCCAGUAACACCUUGGAGUAAUAUUUGACCAGGACAUUAAACAAAUAUUUAGGGCUGUGUGAGUGAUGUGACUGAUGUGAGUUGAAAAAGCAGAAGGAGUCACAAGAAUUAUUAGAAAAACAGGAUUUUCAUUCAUUUGACCCAAAAAUUAUUUACUUUAUUUAUUAUUUACAAAAGUAAUUAAUGUUGAGCUCAUAAAAAAGGUCAAAGAAACAAAACUGAACUCAGGCAAAGAACUGCAAACUUAACAAACCAAAUGACUGCACAAAGAAAUAUAACUGACCUAAACAAACAUAACAGUACUAAAACAAAGAAGGGUACAGAAGGGCACAGAAGGGUUUAUAUAAAGUCUGAUCAGACCACUAUGACACACGAGGAGUAACUAAACAAAACACAGUUGUAAACAACAAACAUGGCAGUACAGUCUGGUUUGUUAAUAAACUAAACACAAAAGAAGGAAGUCAAAACUACUAAACCCUAAACUCAAACAUUAAGUACAAAUACUUUGUUUUAAAAGUAGAAUGGGAGGGAGAGCCUUCAGUUUUCAGGCGCCUCUUCUGUGGAACCAGCUUCCAGUUUGGAUUCGUGAGACAGACACUAUCUCUACUUUCAAGAUUUGGCUUAAAACUUUCCUUUUUGCUAAAGCAGGCUGCCGGGGAUUCCCAUGAUGCAUUGAGUUUUUCCUUUCCAGUCACCUUUCUCACUCACUAUGUGUUAAUAGACCUCUCUGCAUUGAAUCAUAUCUGUUAUUAAUCUCUGUCUGUUUUCCACAGCAUGUCUUUAUCCUGUUUUCUUUUCCACAGCAUGUCUUUAUCUAGAGGGGUUAAACUGCGUCCUCACAUCUGCUUCAUCAUCAUCAUCAACUUUAUUUAUAAAAGCACUUUAAAACAACCACAGCUGACACAAAGUGCUGUA